AUGAUCUGCAGACAAUGUGUGCAUGAGCAUAAAAAUAAUGGUAAUUCACGCUGUCCUACGUGCCGUGGGCCUGCUAUUAACAGUGAAAUUCUGUGCAAUAUCAAUCAUUCUCCAUGAGAAUUAUUGAGUUAAACGUGGAGACGUACAAGUGUGUCCAAUCUGAAAAACAUUUUAAUGUUGAUGCUGUUGUAAAUGGCUAUACAGUAGAAUCAUUAGAAUCUAGAAUCGGGUCAUGUGUCGGUCGUUUGAGACCAAGAAAACUAGGACUCGAUUUCGAGCUUACUAUAUUAACAGGUAAUCCCAUCAACGUACGGCAGAUCAGUCUUAAACUUGGUAUUCCGUUGUCUUGUCUGCUUUUUAGUAUGAAAAGCAGGAAAUUUUUAAUGACUGUUUUAAUAAUUUGACUUUAAUCAUUGUUGGCACCUCAAAUCAUAGUUAUUAGAGGAGACUGGUUAUGAAAAGCGGCAAACAUCAAUGAUAAAAACAACAGUGCUGCAGUUUAUGUUCAAAGCACCGUGAAAGUGCACAAUCCUUUGUUUUCUGUUGGCAAAUUGUUACGGAAUAAAUUAAUGCAACGUUUUUAUUGGUCAAUACAAUCAAAAUGAUAGGAAUUCUUUUGAACGUUGUGCACUUUCAGGUCCACAAAAACAUAUAACAAAGGAGUCUGACGGGUUUCAUAACCAUGCCACUCAAUUAACUAUGCUCAAAUUUGGUAAGAAAGAGGGCGGAUUGAGAGACUGAUGAAUUCCUUCACGCAUAAGAUUGUAAAACAUAUGUAUCAAUUUCAUUAGAGUAGAUAUCAUGGAGCGACAAAAUUACAGUCUAGCCUAGAGUAGUAAAGGGACUCAUCGGGCCAGCCUGUUCUAAUAACGGGCAACCAUCAUUGCUAAUGUAAAGUAAGUAUCCGUGAAAAAGGGGUUUGGUAGGCGUGCUUGACUGCUGUGGGCUAGUAAACUUGAGCAACAGUUGCUCCGAAGGGCUAGUGAUUUUAUAAAAGAAUUUCGUGAUGGGCGCCGGAUGGGAAGUUUGUUCUAGUUUUAGUUUUAGUAUUGAAAUUAUUUCCCUAUUUAUCCACAAAAUGCAGUACGCACGGGCGGAUAUAAAAAUUAUCGUGAAGGUCAGUAUACAUUCAGGGAUGCUUCCUAUAUUACGCAAUAAACGGAGCUGUAUAUCUGUUUUUGUUUUGUUUGUUUGUUUGUUUGUUUUCAUUGAAAUUAUUGAGGACGGUUUAUCAUUUGUAUCUACGGCAGUUGCUACGAGAGCGAUAUCCACGAACGUAUCCACUCUAGAACUAUUUGAAAAAUCGUUCACUUUUGGACAGAAGCCGGAGAUACAUUGACGCAGCCUUGCACUAAAAAUCGUCGUUACGAAUCGUCUCGUGUAACAUCACCCCUUAGGCUUUCCAUGGAUAAUAGAAAGGUCUUUCUAUUAUCCAUGGGCUUUCAAACUUAAACGGGUUCACCAGGAAGCGCGCGCGCUGACAUGUUGCACGUGCACUAAGUUCACCAAUCAGCGAAGAGCAUUGACCCUAACUAGCGACAUUAUGACAUCAGUUUUUCUAACCGUUCUUCGUAUGUUAAGCGCGGUCGUGGUUCUAACGGAAUCUGCAAGGCAUACAGUUUUGACUAUGCCACGACAGCAGGUAAUUCUCUUUUCAGCCAUCUGUUUGCUUUUUAUCAGCGCUGGAUCCAUGCCCAUGGGCCGACUGACUGAGGUAAGAAAGAGACUUGAGCGUCCAUUCAAAGCCAUCUAAAUAAUUCAAAGUAGACAGACUGCAAAUUAUCUUAGUUGCUAAAAUAUAUAUAUCUACGUGUCGCAACUGUUCAUCAGUAGGAUGCCUAAAAUGCGUGCAAUUCCACAAUUGGUUUCGGCUCCAUUAAAUCCUAUACCAAUUGCAGAACAUUUUAGGAGGAGCCACCCACCAUGUGAGCACAGUCACGGACAAUGUAUAAGUGAGGAAAAUAACGCAAAGUAAAAUUAAGACGUUAAUAAUACUGAGCAAAUGAUAUGACGCCAUGCUUUGAUUUUUAAAACAGACAAGUGUGAUACGGAACAUUGGCAAACGGGAAGUUCGUGAUUCGGGUGAGUUCGUUAUAUGAAAAAAAGGUAACUUCUUUUGUUUCUGUUCCCGAUUUUCCUUCCUGAACCAGAAAAUUUUGAAACCUACGGUUGAAAAUGCGUCUGAGAUUCGUUAUAUUAUCCUUUUUUCGGUGAGGAAAUUGCACAACUUUUAUUAAAAACCAUGCGGGAAAACUUUUAUUUUAAUAUUUACAAACCACUCAAAAGUGAUACACACGUUCGUUAAAAUAGUAAGUAAUAAAUUCACUUUUGCCCCUAGAUUCAGCUGUUAAUAUUCGCGUUCCGCCAGCUACGAAGGAAAUCACAUUAAGAAAUGAUCAACCUCAACUACUGUUACCGUCCAAACUUACUUUACCAGAGACAACAGAGCCCCCAACUCGAGAAAUAGUCUCAAAAAUCCAAGUGCUAAGUAAUUUGGGCGUCUCUGCUGAAGACUCAUUAAAAGAUUUUCAACGCAAACUUUACGGAGAUGCCACCCCGACUAAAAUUGCCGCUUCAAAUGUAAAACCUGUUUUGAAGAAUCCUGGAGACUUGAACACGGACAAAAACAUAAUUCCCGAAAGAAGCCUGCUUGAAAAUGGAUCUGAUUCCGGGUAUGAAUCUAAGAAUCAAAAUGAAAAGGCGAAGAAGACCAUAGAGUACUCAGCAAACAAGUUAUCAGAGAUUCAACAUAAUAUUCCUUUGACCAGUGAGUUCAUAUUAAAUACAACGCCUUCACAAGGUAAGCGCUGAAUAAUUAUUCUCUUAGUGUCGUUAGCUUAAGUAUUAGGGACCUUACGAAAGUGCGACAGUAACGGCAACGGCAAUGGCAAUGUCACAAAAGGAAUUAUUAUAGGUUUAGUAUAUAUUACGUUCACUUUUUCGACCGGUUGAAAAUUCAUGCGUUUAGGCUAGGUGUUCUGUUCACACGGAAUCAUCUUUUUUGGCGUACGAAAAUCUGGACGCUUAGCCGUUCAAAGUUCCGUGUAAACAGAGCGAAAAUAUUGAAAUUGUCACUUGAGAUUUGCCUUAAAUUGCUAUAUUUUAAAUGACUAUUUUAUAGUUGAAAAAGUCGUCUCAUCAAUUUCGCUACAAUCGAAGAUAGACCUCCUAACAGCAAAGCCUCCAUCUUACGACAAACCUGAAACUCUUAUAGAUCUGAAUCCUGGACAGGAGGAUUGGAAAUUACCUUCUUCUGACUUGAUUAGCAAGAAUUUGCCAGAACUGAGAGAAUCACAGAAUUUGAAUAAACCCCCGUUAGGAAUGGCAGAAGAAAUCAGACUUCAUAACGUCAUGAAAAAAGCACAGAAUAUGCCUCUGGAAUAUGAUGCCUCAAGAGCCCACCGUAGGCAGAACUGGAAUGACCAAAUCAUCUUAAAUAAGGAUUACAUGAAACCAACUUCCCGCUCUAGAGAGAACUGGAAUAACCAAGGCAGUAACAUCGUAAAUGAAGACAACAUGAAACCGACUGUCCACCUUAGAGAGAACUGGAAUGGCCAAGGCAGUGGCAGUAACAUCGUAAAUGAGGAUUACGUGAAACCGACUUCUCGCCCUAGAGAGAACUGGAAUGACCAAGGCAAAAGCAUCGAUAUCGUAAAUGAGGAUUACAUGAAACCUACUGCCAGCGAAGAGAGAUUAGAGAAAAUUCCGAUAGAAAUCAAUGCUUUACCUCGUUCACCUCCGGCUAAGGAU